AUGUACAUUCGAUCAGGAAGCCAGCCGGGAUAUACUAAAGUGCAAGAUGGCUACAACGACCGUAACCGCCCAGCCCACGUGGUGCCGUUACGAGCUUUCAACGACGCAGACGAUGCAGAUCUUGUGAGCUGGCUACGCAGUCUGAACGACAUCGACGUAUGGGAUGAGGACGUAGCACAUUCUCCAGAGCAACUGAAUGAAUGGGUCAGACCUGUUGACAGGCUUCUUCGCUAUCUGAUUAUAUUAGUUUGUCCACCCUGCCAGACGUUCGCCAGGGCCCGGGCGGGGACCUCGAGACCUACUACCGUCGUGUCGAGGAUUAGUUGCAUGCUCCAGGUGGAAUAG